AUGGCUGUAAUUAGGAAGAGACGUACUCCGCAUACAAAGUCUGGCCGUCAACAACAGUUACAGCAGCAGCAACAGCUGCGGGCUAAGCAAAGGUUUGAAAAUUCGAGGUUGCAGCCUGAACAGGCUACUACAAUGAUCCACGAUGAGAGUGACACUGUUUCGUAUAGGUCUUAUUUGUUGAUGAACUUUGUUAAAUCGGCUGAAUAUAUUGAUAUAUUGACAACACAACCAGUCACCAACGAUAAGAUUCGUCCUCCACGCCUGUUCAAGGAAUCUUUCACUUUAGAAGCUAUGAAACAGAGAUUGAAGGUUCAAAAGGAACAAUUGUCUUGUGCCAAGGAGGCUUUGGAGACUUUUACUUGGGGGGAUGAUGAGGAUUCACGAUUCUUGAAGGAUAAGUUAGUCAAAUCUGAGACCGAACAGGUGGAUUCCGAUGCGUUACUGAAAAAAUAUUUGAAACAUUUUGGCCUGCGUUCGCAGAAUGGUAAAGCGGUUUUCUACGAAGGUAAAUUCAGCAAUUUACGUGGUGAUACACGAGAAGCACCACCGGAUUAUUGGGGAAAGCAUGCCAUUAUGGUGCAGGAACAGAGAGAAAAGGCACUAUUGUUGAAGAAGCAGCAGGAGGAAGCCGAGAGAGAAAGGUCACGCCAGAUCGAGGAAGAGAAGAGGAAUGCAGAAAUGGAAGAGGCAGCUAGGCGACAAGAGAGGCUGAAGCAGGUACAACUGGAGCAGUUGCGACAAAGAGAACAACUUUCAAUGCAAGGAGUUGAUGAAGAGUCUCUCUUUCCGGAGCCAGCUCCGCAGAAUCCAGAUUCUUUCCUACAGAGCCGUGGCUCGAGCCAUAAUCUACAAUUCGCAGCUCCCACACAAGUUGCGUCAUUCAACUCAGGUCCUCAAGAGCACUUACAGCGACAACAAGGUGAAAUGCAACAGCCGGCGCAACCCGAUCUGUUGGAAAAGCAGCAACAGGAGCAGCAAUCCAAGCAACAAGCGGAACUACAACAACAACAACAAGAACAACAACAUCAGCAACAGCAACAGCAGCAACAGCAACAGCAACAACAACAACAACAACAACAACAUCAGCAACAGCAGCAACAACAACAACAACAGCCACCUCAGGAAGCAAUGGAAACAAUCUUCGGUGAUUUCGACAAUGAACCUUUCAAUAAUGGAUUUGAAGAUGAUUUUGGGGAUCUCGAUACGGCUUUCUUAUAA